AUAAUAGUACAGCUAGUUCUAGUUGCGAGUCAUAUCUAUAGUUUCCAGCAUUUGCUUCCUCUCCCAUGCCACUAAAAACACUGUGACAAUUUCUUUCAAACUAGUACCUACUACAACUACCUGGUAAAAACCAAGAACCAACAUGAAGGAUCCUCGAAUUCCCGUUGUGGUGUGCGAGCACCAUGACAUUGCCUUACGCGCUUUGCAUUUAGCAGUCCGAAAAAAGAAAAUGGAGCCGGGAGUUGCAUUCUUGCACUUUGAUGCGCAUCCAGAUUUAGCGACCAUUGGGGACUUACCAGCCAGCCUCUGCAGACCGCCUACGGAGCCAUCAAGGAAACGGUCCUCAUCCUGGUCACUGAAAAACCGCGGUGAAAGUGAAUUAGGAUUAAGGCUCAGCUUUCAAUGGUCACCAUUUAGAUUGGAGUCACUGAGAUCGAAGAAGCGACCAUCCCUUGAGAGUAGAACAGGGGAAAAGGAAGGGAAAGGGGAGAGCUUUGAAGGGAGUCGUUUCCGUUCAGCAUCAUGCUGCCCAUUGAGUGCUGAGCUCUAAUAGGAGAAGGGAGGAAAAGAAAACUUCCUGAACCUGGAGAUAACGAAGAUGAGGAAGAAGAAGAAGACGAUCUUGACUAUGAUAUAGAAGAAGAAGGCGAAGACGAGGAGGCAGAGUUUCACUACGACGUCCGUGACCUAUAUGAUCGCUUGCGAACCGCAGACGGCGGCAUUGCAUCCUGGAUUUUGCCAGCAAUUUAUUCUGAUUAUGGGAUUAUACGAAUGUAAAAACUGAUGUUCUGAUAAAACUGAUGUCGAUUCUUGUAAAAAAGCUACGCUGUAAGAAAGUAGUUUAUCUUCAUCAAAGACCCACCUACGAGUCGUACUCGUCUAUAGUGCAGCCUGAUCAAGACUGUUGUGUUUAUCAAAGACAAUACGAGUGGUUGCAGCAGGCUCAUCUUCUGAUCCAUCUUUUCGAGAAGAUUAUGGGAUUAUACGAACAAUAUGAGUAUCACAAAGACCCUACGUCGUAUUCGUCUAAUGCAGCCUGAUCAAGACUGUUGUUUGGGUGAAGCAAAGUUGGAGCAGGCAAAUUCCAGCUGGAUCAUACCAUGGACGUGUUGGCCGCGACCUCAACACUGGGUCACUCAAAGUCGAUGGAGACUUCGCCAAUCUCUCGUAUUUUGACGAAGAUUCUACUUCAACGAUAGGGAGCAGUUCUACUUAUGGCUCAUCUUCUGAUCCAUCUUUUCGAGAUGGCUCUGAUCUUCUAAUGUUAUAAUAUAAGGGUAGGUUAAUGUGAAAGGUGCUUUCCUUACCGCUUUUUAUGCCUCUCCUAAGGGAGAAAGGCAUAACAAGCGGGGGAACCCGCGAGCACCAAAAACCUACCUCUAAUAUUAAAGAUAUAAGUCUGAAGCAUCAUCUCGAAGCUGUCCCAUAGGGUGCGCUCGAACAAUAGCGCCAAGAUAGACCUCAAGCAUAGAGAUAGACCUUAAUAGAGUGUGCGCUCUAAUCUUGCCGCGAGCAGAAGAAUCACAAGAAGGGUUUAAAGUCGUUGGAAGAGGACAGUAGCAUGAUGUCGAUAUGCUCACGAGGACCAACAGGAGCAACGACCAGCUCUUCGUCCACAAACUCGAAUAUCAGUCAGAGGAAGUCCGCACUACGUUUCGAACUCGAAGAAGCAGCGGCGUCAGAAAGCCAACGAUUCCCAGCUCAGAUCGACUACCCAGAUGCGCGACCCUGGACCUUAGCUGUAGUUGAAGAUGUAGGGACGCUUCCUAGCAUCAUGGCUGUAGAGGGCGAACAGGGGAAGCGAAAUGGGACAAUUUUUAAGGGUAGUUUCUCACUAUCCCAUGUUGUGGACAAUGGUGCUCACUGGGCUCCUCCUGGACUUGGAGGGGAAACUAAGGGGCAAAGAGGGCAACCCACUCGACUCGGGAUAGAGAAAGACUACCUUUAAUGCGACAAAUGUGAAUGGUUGUUUGCAGAGUUCUUCAUCAUCGUCCGGUCCUACAGUUACUUCCACUACCACUUCCUCUCCAUGGGCUUUGGACAUUGAUUUGGACUAUUUCACGACUCGAAACCCCUUCGUUCUAGGAAUGGACCUGCGCUUUGUCACAGCACUCCAGCUCGCAAUCGAGGAGUACGAAGGACCAGAUCGGUACUUCGUUUCUCAGUCGGAAUGGCAUUCUAAGUGUCGGGAUUUUCCCUACGAGACGCUCUGGUCGGACGCUCUCGCGGAAGAAAAUUGGCCUCGCUGUCUGGAGAUUCUCUUUGCGUAUCAUGAGUUAUGAAAGACUAACUUUACCUUUUAAAUAUGUUGUACUUAAUCUUAGUCUUUAUGUCUCUUAGGCAGCUCGCCGAAUAGAUUGAAUGGUUCCGGUAUUUGGUAACCUGAAUUUGAUCAUAAGGGAAAACAAGAAGAGAACCCGUAGGAUCAAUUUCAGGUUACCAAAUACCAGAACCAUACAUAGAUUCAAAUCGUCAUGUCCAAUUAUAAUCUAAAUCUUACUAGGUAAAAACGUAAUGGCACCGGUCGUAUAGGAAGAGAACGAUGCAGACUCUUACUUAAGAACAACUCAUCAUGAAUGAGAGAGUGUCUCUAAGAUCCGAAGACCCCACUUCUACUCCUACGCACACGCAAAAAAAAGGUGAAAAAAAAAAUAAAGCACCUAAGCACUCUCAACCCUGGUGGAAGGACUUUCUGCUGAAAGGGUACACACCUGUUAAGGCUGUACCUAAUGCAUCAUCUUUGGACAUCACAUCCUUGAAACGUAGAGUGGAAGAGAUCCUUGAUGAAAUGUAUGGACGAGGAGAUCCUUGAUGAAAUGUAUGGGCGAGGAGAUCCUUGAUGAAAUGUAUGGACGAGGAGUAUCCACCUAAAAAGGGAGUAUUACUCUCCCAUAGUUGUACUUUUCAAGGAUGCACUUGGGAGUGUAUGGUCCUCGUAUUUGGUAACCUGAAUUGGAUCACAAGGAUUCUCUUCUUGUUUUCCUUAUGAUAAAAAUCAGGUUGCCAAAUACCAGAGCCACUCAGAGAGAUGACUUACGGACAGGGACAGCUCUAAACCUGGGGAGCGUGAGAUGUCAUUGCUCCUGGAGGCUGGAGACAUGCUCUCUUUACCUCAAUGGGUAGCAGGAGAGUUCGCGCGUGAUGUUGAGCCUGUAGUAUCCCAAGUUGAGGCAGCUUUGAGGAAAAUUCAUCUCACAUCAAAUUAAGGCUUGGGAGUUGACCUAUCAUCUAAAAGUAUGAAGCGAAAAAGUGUACUCAUCCUCAAGAAAGUAGACACUUUCUAAGUAGGAAGAAGCCUCUUUUCUUGAGUAUGAGUACACUUUUUCGUGUCAUAAAAAGCGUCUCUAUGGCUAUCUCAAGUAGGAAAGCCAUAGAUAUGCGAGCUAGAGAUGCCAACUUUCAGCCUCUAAUCAAACUCAACAGGAAUAGGAGCGAACACCUCAGCCACAUCCUCAGCCCUUUCUUCUAGCAGAGAAGCCUCUUCAUCUACAUCACAAAAGCACUUUCCUGGCUCCUUUUCCUCGACUACCUCCCCUUCCGCCGUUACAGAGAGCAAGAGUAAAGCAUUGUUUCAAGGUGCUCCCGCUUCCAUUACAAUAGCACGGUCCUGCGCUGAUAACUUCCUACCGAUGCGAGUAGCCUGCGAACUAGAACAGCGAAUCUUGGAGAUGUUGAGGUCAGUCUACGGCGAUCUAGAAAUUACCUACGCAGAUGAGAUCGAAAAUUGUAAGUGA